AUGCCUCUAGGACCAACCCGCCGCCUCAUCCUGCUGCUCAUCCUGGGAGCUGGCAUUGUCUCCGUCCUGUACAUCUCUUCUUUCCGACCACCUAUCGCGAGCCGCCCGGCAGGCGUCGUCAAUCCCGCCCAAGCACCGCAUGACAUCGGCAGCGCGACCUUGACCGGGCCCGCCAUCGCCCCGAAGCUUGGGAAUGAGACGGCAAAGGCGGAGCUAGGAAAUGCCGCGUGGAAGCUCCUGCACACGACCUUUGCGCGCUUCCCCGACAACCCCACCCUCGACGAGCAGACUGCCCUGAGGUCCUACAUACACUUGUUUCAGCGCCUGUACCCAUGCGGCGAAUGCGCCCAGCACUUCUCCAAAAUCCUCGAGAAAUUCCCGCCACAGGUGUCGUCUCGAUCAGCCGCCGCGGCAUGGGGUUGUCACGUUCACAACGAGGUCAACCAGCGCCUGCACAAAGACAUCUUCGACUGCUCAAAGAUCGGAGACUUUUACGACUGCGGGUGUGCUGACACCGAAGAGGAUGAGGAUAGCGGCAAAAAAGUCAGCAAAGUGAGCUCCCACGAAAAGCCUGACAUGCCAGCGGAUAGAGUCGAGAAGCUGAGCGGCGACAACGGGAGGGAAGUUGAUCUAGUAGGCAUCCUAAACGGCGAGAAGCCGCUGGAGCUGGAGAAGGAGGGGUGA